AACUAUUUUCAUCCCUAAUAAACAGCAGGAGAAGAAGCAAUACCAUAACAUUCAUCCUCCUCGCCGAUAACCCUAACCCUAAUUCAAGAAUCGUCGAUUUCAGAAACACCCUCUUUCUUCUUCUUCUCCCUGUCGAUGCUCCGUUUUGAUGUCACGAAGGUUCAAACAGGGAGGGUUCCAUUGUUAAAUGCUCUCUCUCUUCUUCCUCUGCUCACCUUUUCCCCUUUUCAUGUCUUCAAUUACCACCACCUCUUGUGCUCCUUCAGGGUCCUCCAAAACCCUACUUUUUGAUUCCCAUCUCGUUUCCAUACCCAAACCCUCUUCUCUAUUUACUUUUUCCCUUUCAGGUUUGCAGUUUCGGUCCCUUCAUCAACAUGAGUGAUUCUAAGAUGUUUCUAUUUGGGUCAUUUACUGAAGAUGAAACCAAAUCAUUGUUGGUAAAGAAGUCUUCUGGUAAAAAUGAAAAGCACGCGGAGAAGAAGCACCCGCUCCAAUUCGGUUCUCUGAAUUCUGUUACUGUUGAGUCAAACAACCUGUUAAAUUCAUCAAAUGCUCCCGAUAGUGUUCCUCCUGCUGAUUCUCUGAAAUGUAAUGGGGUGGCUAUCACUGGUAACUUUCCUAAAGUAUCAGGAAGUAUAAAAGAGAAAAAAGAGAAUGGCAGCAUUACCAAUUUCUCCCUUAGCCCUUCAAGUGUGAUUAGUGCAAACCAAGUUAAAAAAAAUAAUGUGCAUUCUGUUAAACCACUUGAUGAAGAUGGUCCCUCAAACCAAUUUACAAAUUUGAGCCUCUAUGCUUCUGAGGAUGAAAGCUUGAAUGCUCAUAAAAUUGCCAGUGAGGAUGAUUCUUUAUCUAAACUAUCUGAUCAAGACUCGAAAAAGGCACCUAAUUGCCAUGCUGUUGUUCAUGUUAAGGAUCUACUGCCUCGAGGCCUUAUCAACUCUGGGAAUCUAUGCUUUCUUAAUGCAACCAUGCAAGCCCUAUUGUCUUGUUCUCCUUUUGUUCAGCUUUUGCAGGAAUUAAGAACUCGUAACAUUCCAAAGGUUGGCUAUCCCACAUUGACAGCAUUUGCUGAGUUUUUAACUCAAUUUGACAUGCCAAGCGGAACACAAUUGAAGAAGAAAGAUUCUGAUUCAUUUGAGUUUGGAAAGCCAUUUUGCCCUGUUAUGUUUGAAGGUGUUCUGAAAAAUUUUACUCCCGAUGUGCCAAAUAGCAUUUCAGGAAGACCAAGGCAGGAAGAUGCUCAGGAAUUUCUGAGCUUUGUAAUGGAUCAAAUGCAUGAUGAACUACUGAAGUUUGAAGGUCAGUCUUCAAGUCUUAAUGGUAGCAGAUCUUCCCUAGUUUCUUCUGUGGAGGAUGAUGAAUGGGAAACAGUGGGGCCAAAGAAUAAAUCUGCUGUAACAAGGACUCAAAGUUUUGUUCCAUCAGAGUUAAGUGGUAUUUUUGGAGGGGACCUCAGAAGUUUGGUGACAACUAAAGGUAAUAGAGGUUCUGCCACUAUUCAACCAUAUCUCUUACUCCAUCUUGACAUUUAUCCUGAUGCUGUCCACACUAUUGAGGAUGCUCUUCACUUGUUUUCUGCACCGGAAACUGUUGAAGGGUACCGAACAUCAGUGACUGGGAAGCCAGGUGUUGUGACUGCAAAAAAAUCUGUGCAGAUACAGACACUUCCACGGAUUAUGAUAUUGCACUUGAUGCGUUUUGGUUAUGGAAGCCAGGGAAGCACCAAGUUACAUAAGCCUGUGCACUUUCCUCUUGAGUUGACUUUGCGUCGUGAGUUGCUUUUUUCUGCAUCUACCGAGGGUCGAAAAUAUGAACUUGUUGCAACAAUUACUCAUCACGGAAGGGAGCCUUCAAAAGGGCACUACACAGCUGAUGCCCAGUACCCUAAUGGUCUCUGGCUACGAUUUGAUGAUGCAUCUGUCUAUUCUAUUGGAGUAAAUAAGGUGCUCCAUGACCAGGCAUAUGUUCUGUUCUACAAACAGAUAUGAAAACAUAUAUUGUUCAGUUGUUAACUACUCCCUUUUGCACCUGAGAAAUUCUCUUCUGUCCGAAAGGAUUGCCAGUCCAUUAAUGUUUUGUGUGGAGAAAACGUGAGUGUGCUCUCAAGGCUCCUCAGAUUUCAAGAUGUCAUGAAUGGUCGUUCCAAUCUACGGUGUGAUAAGAGUAAUUGUUGUAACAUUCUUUUCAUGUUCUUUCAACUUGAUAAGUUUUGUAGUCCUAGUAUAGGGCAUGGGCAUGUAAUUAUAGUACAGUUAAAGGCUUAUAUGAAAAAUCUGCCUAUGAUAAAAA